UGUUAAGUUCAGGUUACACUAGUUUAGCUACGUAAUAGUGAGAAGCCCAAGACUCGCUUGAGAAUGCGCGAAGAGCCUGAGAUUUCCCUGCAGUCGGCUGCACGCUUGCCAAUAUUUCCGACAACUCAACAAAAAGGGAAAUCCAACCAGCACGACCAUGCCACGUCGUACGAUCGAACAGUCGCCUGCAUACACCCAUCGAGAGCGGAGCCUCGCUCGAUCGCGUCUCGCCAGCCGACAUCAGCAGCUCGCCGAGCCGGAUAAAUCAGCGCUCGGAAACGGUAAUUUACGUAAGGGGCACGAGGCCGGACAGGACGGCACGAUACGCCGCAAAGCCCGAACGAAACUACCGGUAAGUCGUGGUCGAGGCGGACAAUUGGCACACCAUUUAGUUGUCGCAUUUCCCAGAUUGGCAAGCCGUCCAGCGAGCUUCCCAAAAGUGUCUGGUUCACCUCACCAAGCUCGUGACGCCAAGGUCGAUGGCGAAACACCGCCAGCCGCGUUUGAGGCCCGACGCGCACACGGAGGCACGCCAGCGCCGUGUCGAAGGACGAGCCCGAUCUAAAGCGGACGCGCGAGGCAGAACUCGAGAGUGAAGGCGGCAGGAGAGACGCAUCGCAUGCCAAAAACCACAAGUAAGCGAGGCAUUGACAAUUGACGCUGUACUUCCACUAAGAUCACCCUAUUCACAGGAGAUUGAGGGUCACCACACACACGCGCACGACUGAAGCGAGAUUCAGUGUCAAGGUCACGCCGACGAGGAAGCAAGUCGUAAGUUAGCUCCAGGCAGGUGGUGCAUCACCAAUACUAACAAAGGGCUCUCUUUAAACAGUGAGAACGGUGCUCGAAGCACGCGGAACACCACUAGAGGACCU